AUGAGGGAAUCGUAUCCCUUUGCACUGCCUUUUCUUUUUCUACUUGUAACAUGUAAGUUUCAUUUAUUUUAGCUGUUUUUUUGGUAUUACUGUUAUUUUUUGGAGAAAUUAUCGCUUUUGUGACCUUUCGCAGCCUGCGCUAUGUGGGCGCAGAUCAAAAAUUAAGAAAAACAGUUUUUUUCACUUUUCUGGUAACAUUUGUUAUAAGAUUUCAAUAUUAGCUUUAAAACACUGAUUUAAAACCUUAAAAGUGCAUUUAAAAAAUAAACCUUACACUUUUAAGUUAAGUUUUUUUAUUUUUCAGCUCAAAACGUUCAGCUAUCUCCUCCAAGCGGAGCUUUCGUCUUGAGAAGGUCAGAUGAGAAGCCCAAUCCCUAUUUCUCUUCAUUACCUAACUCAACAGAGAUCACAGAGUUGUAUCUACAGAAUGGGUGUGCUUUCAACGCUGAUCAGACGGUCUCUCAGAGGAUGGGCGGCCGAUCCUUUUACGAACAUCUGUUUCCGGCCGCUCAGAAUCUGCACUGCACGGUGAAUGUGAAGCUGGCCAAGGAGAAGAUCUACUUGGUAAGGGUUUGAUUUACUUGAGCAUGUUUUAAAUAUACUAAAAUUGUAUUUCAUUUUUGCAGGACCGACCAUUCGUGGACAUUGUAGUACUUCGGGAUCCUGUUUGGACUAGCCUUUUCAAACAUCGACUAUGUGUUACAGUACAACUGACAAAUCAGGCUGGUGCUUCUGUUGCUGGUUCUUGUAUAUUCCACGAAAGACAUCCGAACAAGCAUUCUUGUCUGAUACGACAAGUGGUACCGUUUUCAUGGUUCCAGAUUAAAGCCGGGAAUGAGAAGAAGGAACAGGUAAUAAUUGUGUUGUCUUAAGUUAUAUGUUGGUUUUAAUUGUCGGAUAUCAUGUUUAAUUAGUUUAAUAAAAAAGGUAGAAAAAUUUAUAUUAAUUUGAUGACAUUUUAGAUAGUAUCAGUGUCUUACUCUGUGAAACGACAAUGUUCAUCUCCAGAAUUCCCUUUGUUUGGUCAGAGAUUGAAGUUGAUGUCUUCAGUUAGUACCCUAACAACCUUUGUGACCAGUAAACAAGAUGUUGGGUAAGUUAUGUCAAUAAAACCUUUAUUCUUUCAAUUAUUUGUAUUUUUUUAAAUAAUUAAUUUUACUUUAUUGUAUGUUUUCAGCCAUAUAACAGUCUUUGCCCGACCCAAUAUAACAUUUGCCACAGAAUCUAUGUCAUCGUUGGUAUUUGGUUUCAAACGGAAUUCGACGACCAAUAAUUCGACAGAAAUUGACAAAUUAAAUGUGAGGUUCUACGUUGAUGACAGGUUCGAGGUAAUAUCUACGUCAGCAUUAGACCCAAGGGCAUGGAGAGUUCGAGUGGAAACUAUCAGUGAACCCAAGAAGUUCACCAUGUUUCAGUUGAGCUACAAUGGGCGAGAAACUCUUGAUGACAAGUAAGUAGUUAUAUAAUGGUACUUUACUCAUCUAUAUUAAUAUCAAUAUUCGAAGUUACUUAUCUUGAUAUUAGGAUAUGUAUUCAUCAAUUCGUUUUCAGUUGGGACCAGCACAUCUUUGCAGUGCUUCUGAAGCUGCGUAACAGAAUCGACAGCAUUAUACGACCAAAUCAGACGACGCAAACCCAGAUUCAGUUCUUAUGGAAUGUUGAAUUUGAUACUGAAACUGAUAUCUUAUCCAAACCAGCUGAUAAAGAUAAUAAAUUGGUGGUGAAACCAGCCUAUUACAAGGUUUCAAAGACUAUCAAUAUUGGAUCUGAUGCACCAUACGCUUUGGUACCGGUUUCUAAGGUAUGAAGUGGCAAAAUGUGCUUAAUAUUAAUAAUAACAUUGUCAAAACAUUGUAAAUGGUAUAUUAGAUACGAUAGUAUAAUUUUACUACUAUAAAUAUCCUCAACCUAUGUUUAUGUUAACCUACAUUACCUGUUUUCAGUCCAACGACCUUAUCAACACAGCCGUCCUCACCGGAGUCCAAGUAUCAACAUCAAUGCGGGUAUACGUCGUGACAGAGGCGGGUCAGCUACAAGAUAUCACGGAUAAAUGUCAUUGUCAGUCUACCGAAGCUCGUAUCAUCAAAGUGUCACCUACAUGUACCUCCGUUUAUGUGGAUGGAUCAGAACUCAGAGGAAGAUCAAGUGUAAACAUAGGUGUUAUGUUCAAGAACAUGUCAGCCAAGGCAUCUUUUGUUGUGUGGUAUCCGAAGCUACCGAUCACCGUGUGGGUAGCUGACAGGAAUCUGAAUGCCGUCAGUGAUUGGAGAAUAGCUGGAUGGGAGAACUUUGGCUCCAGAAGGAAGCGGAAGGCUGCUCAGUCUGUUUGUGAGGAUAGGUAUCAACAAACGGAGGUAAGUCUAGUAAUUUACUAAUUACUCGGAUAGCCAAACUAGGGCUUAAUUAAAAUAUUGACAACGCUUUUUUAGGUUCGUGUCCUAGCCGCCUUCCACAUUGUAGACGAAGAGACUGGAGAGAAGUCUUACCUAUCAGGGUCCCAUGAUCUCUUCUUCGAUGUAACUCAGAUCUCCCAGCAACGUUUACACUCUUCCAACCCUGCCAUCGUCUCUAUUCGCAGGAAAGAUGGCCGAGUGUUAGCCAUCGGUCAUCAUCCUGGCCAGGCUAGACUAGCCAUAAAGUCUGUAACAGGAAGCGAAGUUGAGUACGGUACUGUGGAUGUAGUAGUAUCCAAAGAUACCGUAUCUGCUGUCCAGUUGUUUGUCAGAGUCAUCGCUGAUGUUCAACUAGAACUCCAGUCCAAGCCAGCCAUACCAUUCCAGUUUGAGCUGGUAGCGAGAACUAAUGGAUUGCUGGCACAGAAGUUCCAGCAUGCUACACUAGAGAUCUUCAUCUUCUACUCUGACGGUCAGAAAGAGCUGCUGUCUGAUGUGGAUACCAACUUCUACUCACUCUCUAUCUACACAACAGAUGAGAAUGCCCUGAAGAUAGGCCAACAACGUGGUACUUCUAACGUUGAACUGGUCCUUCUGGAUGACAAACCUGACAUCAAGCUGACGGUGGAGAUGAGAGCUCCAAAAGUAUGUGACGAUCCAGAUCUACCUUCAUUAGCAGCCGGAAUGACACCGUUGGAUACUGGAGUAAAGUCAGCGGUGUUGAAGACACAACAUAUCUAUGUUGAUAGUGCUGAGAAGAUACGUAAGUAGUUAAAAUCACACUUUUAGUGUUGCCUAGGACAUCAAUUACAUUAUAAAAGUUUGAGCUACCUAUCUUGAUUUUGUAUACCAAUACAUUUUUCAGAAAUGAACGUCACCAACCAACAGCCUGACACUUCAGAUUCCUCGAUGGGUCUUCAGCCUCUUCUGGUCGUUCUCCUUCUUCUCAUCCUUAUCGUAGGUCUCUACCACGUCAUUACUGGACACUUCCGUGGAUUCCAUAAUGGCUACGAGAAGCUGGUGAUGCCGUUGUUAGCUAGGCUAUCUUCGAAUGGCAGUUUAGUCAGUGAGAAUGUUGGGGAAGGAGAGAAUACAUCAAAAGAAUUCGUCUGGCUCCCUAGAAGUCAAAUCGACAGUAUGAGUGUGAACAGCAGAUUCAGUCAGAAGAGCACGAUGAAUGUGACUAAUGGUACGAACUCGAGUAACAGUUCGUCUUCUUCAAGUGGUAAUGGCACCAAUCGAAGUGUUUCUGUCUCGUAUCGAGGCUCGGAAAUCAGCAUCUUCAUCUCUCCACAGACCAAGGGAGGGGUUUCUGUAGGUUUUACUACGGCAGCAUCGUAAACGUAUACUGUAUCAGCGUUUUAUAUUGUCAUAUUAUAUCGUAAAAAGUGGCUGUCGUUAACAAAACUAUCAAAACAUUUAACUUCAGGUAAACGAAGAACAACGCCAGCUACAGCAAGCCAGUUGGAGGUCGACGAACGGCAGAACUAAUCGAGUUCGACGUCAGAAUGCUUACGGAUUCCAGAUUCCGAGACUGAAUGAAGGUGCUGUCAGUGUGCACGACAGACUCAGUGAAUCGAAUUAUGUUGGAAAGUACGGUAAUGUGGCUCACAACUCUCUGAAUGCUCGUAUCAUACGAAGAAGCAGCGAUCAUAUGCCAUUUGCUGAAGACUUUGCAUCUGUAAAGCAGAGAGGAGCGCUGAGGAAAGAUGUAAGUGGUACUUGACGGCAUAUCGUGGUAAUAGCCAUCAAAAUCUGCUAACUCUUUAAUGGCUACUGUAAAUUUUUUAAUUUUUACUGUAGCUAUAUCCAUUUUUAAAUUGAAGGCUUUUUCAAAUUAAAUGCUAUAACUUUAGAUGUACAACAUAACCGCCCCUCGCUUCAACCGUACCAACUCAUCCUCUAACCAGAUAUGCGAUCGCCAACAGAUUCCAUCUUAUCUUCGUCACUCUGCUCAUCAACUGCCAUCGUACGGUAAAAGGGAUCGUCCUAAUGGUCUAAUGUAUGGAUCAGCAUCAAGUUACGUACCUUCGAUAGUAAAGGACAAGUACAGUGAGUACGAUCUUGGAAUGGGAUCAGACUCGUCUCCAGAAGAAAUGACACCACCACCCACACUGGCUCCACACUACUUUCAGAGUUGGAUGACAGCCGGUUCCAUUGAGAAGCUGCCGAGGGCUUCUGUCUCUCCUAGAAAGCCUAACUGCGAUCUACGAGAGACUGUAGCAUAG